AUGUCUGCUUAUAUUAGAGGCCAAGUAUGUGGUGUAGAUAAUUGUCCGUCCCGUCUAUGGCGUAUAAUAGACGGUAGAAGAACAUGCCAAUAUGGUCAUGUUAUGGAAGGUGACGUUGAAUUCAAUGACGAUGAUGAUAACGUUACCAUGGGUGGUGUCAUGACUAGAAGAUUGAACCUGACUACUAAUGCUAUUGGGAAUUUCCAAUCAAGUUUGAGCUUGUCUCAAUUGCAAAGUUCACAACAAUUUAUCAAGCAGAAAAAACUUUAUGGCCACGAUGCUAAUAUCUUAUUCUUAAAAUGCUUCCAAUUUAUUUUAAAAAAACAAUGUAUACAGUUAGUUAGCACACAUGGCUUCCCAGAGCAUUUCGUUAAAGUCGUGAAAAUUUUUUGGAUGAAAUACAUUAAACAUCUUGACGAUAAUGAUCCAUCAUCGUCGAAAAAUGAUUUCAAUGACAUUAUUGAAACUGAAGAAAUGACAGAUAUUGAUGAGAAUGAGACUAGAAACAAUGAUAUAACAACAACUACUAGACGGAAAAAUAAGAAUAAAAUUGGACUACAUAUGUCAUCCACUAUUGCCAUCUUAUAUAUGGCAUCUGUUCAUUUGGGACUACCCGUUUACACUUCUGAUUUUAUUCAAUGGAUAUGUACAACUGAUCUGGUAUAUUUUAAAGCCAAUGAAUCUCUUCCAAAAGCAUGGAAAGAAACUCUGCCGAAUCAUUACCUAGGUAUCUUCGAAGGUGGGAAACCUCCAACAACUCUACAAUUACAACACAAAGUCAUAUCGAUUUGUCACAGUAUCAAUUUUAAUGCAGAUUUUAAUAAUCUGAUAAAUUAUGAAGGUUUGGUAUUAAAACUUACCCUUUUAAUACCCUUACCUCCAGAAUUUUAUACUCGUACACUGAAAUUUAUUCAAAGAAUAGAAGAUACGAAAAAUCUCCAUCUAAUAGAGAGGGAUACAAGAAAUUUUACUCAACAUCAUUUAUACCCAGAAAUAAAAGUCAUUACCUAUUUCAUCCUGACUAUUAAGUAUAUCCUUCUAUUAGACGAACAAGCCCCCAGAAAAAAAUAUAAAUCAAGUUGGAUACGUUCUCUUUUGUUACAGCAUCAAAAAUUGAUCUCAACGUUAGAUCCAAGCAAAAACACCGUCGAUAAAACCAUUGCACAAACUGUGUACGAUGAAAAUAAGAAAGAUCUCUUUGAUUGGUCGAAUCAAGAAACAACCACCUAUUUAGAUUGGAUAGAAAAAUCAUAUUUAUCCCUUCAAGGAGAAUCUAGUAGUGAAUUCGAUGAUACAAUGUCAGUAGAUCAAAGGAUUGCCAGAAGAAAACUUUAUCAAAUUUUCCGAUUAAUUUCAAAUGAGGGGCAAUCUAAGACCUCGACUACAUCACAGCAACGAGAUCCGACGUUUAUUGAAGAAUUACAAGAAAAAUAUGCCCAAUUACAAUCAUUAUCAGGAAAUGAUGAUGGUAAUGAUAGUCUUGAUGAAGAUGAUGGGACAGAUUAUGAAAACAGAAAAACACUUAUACACCAAUUACAAUGCCUAAUAGUCGAUAAGAUUACCUUAGAAUUCAAUAUUCCUAAGGAGGAUAUGAUAAGAUGCGUUAGCAGGACAGAGAGAGAUUGUAGCCAUAAAAUAAAGACGAAAGAAAUUGCACACCAAUCGUGCUAA